AGGCAGACGGAGACGGAGGGGUGACUGACAGGCAGGAUGGGAGAGAAGGCAGGGGGGAGGAGGAGGUUCCAGGCCCCCAGCUAUCUGGCAGCAGGAGGAGGAGAGGAGGCUGGGAAGACAGAGUUUGAGGAGGAGACGAGGAGACAGAGUGCACAUGUUUGGAGACGAAAGGAAAGGAAGGAAAGAGGAAGGCAGGAAGAGAGGAGAUCCUGGAGGAGUUCUUAUGUAGAAGGGAAAACUGAUAAGAUCACAGCAGGAGCACCGCAGGAGGACACAGGCUGUGGUGUUGUUGGAAGAUGUCAUGGCGUCCAACCUACCGAAGCUCCAAGUUUCGAAAUGUCUAUGGAAAAGUAGCCAAUCGGGAGCACUGUUACGACGGCGUCCCCAUCACCAAGAAUGUUCAUGAUAACCACUUCUGUGCCGUCAACUCAAAGUUCCUGGCAGUGGUCACAGAGAGCGCUGGAGGAGGCUCCUUCAUCGUCAUACCCGUGUCGCAGUCUGGUCGUCUGGACUCUCAUUACCCGAAAGUGUGUGGACACCAAGGCAAUGUUCUGGACAUCAAAUGGAAUCCCUUCUUUGAAAACAUCAUCGCGUCCUGCUCCGAGGACUCGUCUGUGCGAAUAUGGGAAAUCCCAGAGGGUGGACUCAGACGCAACAUGACCGAGGCAGUGCUGGAGCUGUACGGUCACAGCAGAAGAGUGGGACUCAUUGAAUGGCAUCCGACCAGCAGUGGCAUCCUCUUCAGUGCUGGCUAUGACUACAAGAUACUAACCUGGAACCUGGAGAUUGGCGAACCGGUAAAAAUGAUUGACUGUCACACUGACGUCAUCCUCAGCAUGUCCUUCAACACAGACGGCAGCCUACUGGCCACCAGCUGCAAGGACAGGCAACUGCGGGUCAUUGAGCCCCGCUCUGGGAGAGUCCUUCAGCAAGCCAGUUGUAAGAACCACCGUGUGAACCGAGUGGUGUUCCUGGGAAAUACGAAGCGUCUGCUCACCACAGGAGUUUCUCGCUGGAACACGCGACAGAUCGCUCUCUGGGACCAGGAGGAUUUGUCCAUGCCAAUCGUGGACGAGGACAUUGACGGUCUCUCAGGACUGUUGUUUCCCUUCUACGAUGCUGACACACACAUGCUGUACCUGGCAGGAAAGGGUGACGGCAACAUCCGCUACUAUGAGAUUACCACAGAGAAGCCAUACAUUCAGUACCUGAUGGAGUUUCGCUCCCCGGCGCCACAAAAAGGACUGGGUGUGAUGCCGAAGCACGGCCUGGACGUGGCAGCCUGUGAGGUUUUCCGCUUCUACAAGCUGGUCACGCUGAAGGGUUUGAUAGAGCCCAUUUCAAUGAUUGUGCCGAGACGGUCAGACACAUACCAGGAGGAUAUCUACCCGAUGACUGCAGGAACAGAACCUGCUCUGUCUGCCAGUGAAUGGCUGAGUGGCAUUAACAGAGACCCAGUGUUGAUGUCACUGAAAGAAGGUUACCAUCGGCCAAACCAGUUAGUGUUCAAGGCCCCAGUGAAGGAGAAGAAGAGUGUGGUGGUGAACGGAAUUGACCUCCUGGAGAAUGUUCCUCCAAGGACAGAGAAUGAGCUCCUGCGCAUGUUUUUCCGGCAGCAGGAGGAGCUCCGGCGUCUGAAGGAAGAGCUCAACGGCAAGGAUGUACGAAUACGCCAACUGGAGCUGGAGCUCAACAACCUGAAGAACGUUAGCCCCAACAACGUCUGACCUCUGCCUCCUACUGGACCGAAUAAAUACUGCUUCCCUUUGACCUCCAGCCUUCUUCUGAGCCUUUCCACUCUUUCUAUUUCAUAUAUUACAUUCUGAUCUUCUAAAUUAACCCCUGCUGCGCUGCAUUACUAUUACAUUACUAUUGUAAUAACAGCAAAAUAAUAGAAGUGACAAAUCAACUGCGCUCUACGUCAAAAAUAAUGAUAGGAUUUCUCUUUGUCAUUCAUCUCAGUCUGAGGAUUAAUCCUUACACAUUGUUUGUCUCACUCUGCCUUUUUUCCUGGCAAAAACUGGAAAAUGUAAAGACUUUUCAAUUGUUUUAAAUGUCCUCUUUUUCUUCCCUAAGGCCUUAGACACUGCUGCAGACACAGUUUACAGAGAGAUGCAGCGUCAUCUCAAAAUGGCUGAGCUGACAUAAUUUUGCAGGCAACAGACAAGGAGAGGAUUAGGACACCAAGAUCAUGUUCUCCACUCAGCUGCUUACUCGUCGUUUCUCCUCUGGCCUGCAAGUGUUGGUUGUAAAUUUGCUUCACAUCACUGUCUUCUGCAGUUAUUUUUGAGGAGUACAUAUUCCAGACACCCAAACACACACACACAAACACAGUGUUAUU